UCACCCUGUCAGGCACUGCCUCUUCUACUCCUGUGCCCGCACUCAGCCCCGACCCGGAAGUCGUCCCCGCCACUGCUGCGCCCCGCCCCCACACGCCAGGUCUGGCGCCCCUACCCGGCUCGUCAUGGGGCGCAAGACUUUGUGAUUUCAAGCAACGCCAUCUGUAAUAAGAAUGAUCAGCGUGGGAACCUCCUCAUACAGUAUACUUGCCACGCGCAGUUUCCGACGUUAUAGGCACACAGUUUUCCACCUGCGGUUCCAGUUUAGACAUGGCUGAUAAAAAUCUAGCAAUGGAAAGGAAAGCAGCGUACCAGGGACAACGGCAGAGCAGUUUAUUGACGCUGCCAUUUAUGUUUUCAAUUGCCUUUCUUGUAAGAAUGGUCCUUAUCAUCUAUGGAGUCUACCAAGACCGCACAAUGGUGGUGAAAUACACAGAUAUCGACUACCACGUCUUCACGGAUGCCGCUCGAUAUAUCACUCAGGGAUCUUCUCCUUAUGAGAGGGCAACGUAUCGGUACACACCAUUGCUCGCCUGGAUGUUGACACCAAACAUCUAUCUCUCUGAAGUUUUCGGGAAGUUCUUAUUUGCAUGCUGUGAUUUAAUUGCAGCUUUCCUAAUCCAAAGAAUCCUUCUCCUCCAAGGCCUGGAUAGCCACACGGCUAGCAAGUACAGUGCUUUUUGGCUUUUUAACCCAUUGCCUAUGGCUGUCUCCAGCAGAGGGAAUGCAGAAUCGGUCUUGGCUGUUCUUGUUUUAUCAUCUCUGUAUUAUGUGAAGAAGUGCCAUCUUGUGAAGGCCGCCCUUCUCUUUGGUCUCUCAGUUCACAUGAAGAUCUAUCCUGUGACCUAUCUAUUGCCCAUUUCAUUGUCACUGCAAGCAACAAGAACUGAGGAAAGUAGGUCGCACGUAGCCGGUGGAUUGGUUCGGAAAUUCUUCCAAGAUUCCUGGGAGCUCUUCCUCAGACUCCUCAAUUGGAACACCCUAACCUUUGGCAUUGUAUUCACUUUUACAUUACUUACACUAAGUUUUGUCUUCUACUGUAGCUAUGGCUGGGAUUUCCUUGAGCACACUUACCUCUAUCACUUGACCAGGAGAGAUAUACGACAUAAUUUCUCCCCAUACUUCUACAUGCUUUACCUAACUGCGGAGAGUGACAGGAGCUUUGUCCUUGGCCUUGUUGCCUUUGUACCUCAGAUAUUGCUGCUAGCUAUUAUAUCCGUGGUCUAUUAUCAAGAUCUGACCUUCUGCUGCUUCUUGCACACCGCUGUCUUUGUGAGCUUCAACAAAGUGUGCACAUCUCAGUAUUUCCUGUGGUACCUUUGCCUUUUGCCAUUGGUUAUGCCUGGCCUGAAGAUAUCAUGGCGGCGGAGCACUUUUCUGGUUACUUUAUGGUUUGGUGGACAGGCCGUGUGGCUAGCUCCAGCCUACUAUCUGGAAUUUGAAGGCCUCAACACAUUCAUACUGAUUUGGGUGGCCGGGCUGGCCUUCCUCAUUGUAAAUAGCUAUGUUAUCUCCCAAAUUAUCGUCCGCUACAAUGUCUGUAGAGAAAACGUUCGAAAACGUAAACUACAGUAACUCUUGUGCCAAAUGUUGAGGCCAUACGCCUGCCUUUUGCUGUCAGUUCUCUUAAUUGGGUAUUUUUCCCUGAGAAAUUUGGUUAAUAGGUGACUUUUUUUUUACUAAUGCACGUUCAUAGUACCAACAAUAAUAAGGCUAAUGUCUCACCAGGAUUGACCUUCAACCAGCUUUACACCUUCAUGAAUACAAGUGGGGGCAAUAAAUACUAUGGAUUAGUACUCUAUGACAUAUGUCUUCAGCUAUCUCUCCUUCCUCAUAUAUGUGUAUACUCUUCUCAGCCAGGCAUGCAUGUGAUCUGAAAGCCACUGCCGGCCAUCCCUGAAAAACAAAAGGAUCAGGCAUGUUGAAAUUCAACUUCUCCAACAUAUGGAGGAGAGUCAGUCAUCCGGCUAUAUUAGGCAGGCUUGGAUGACAUAAUGUGUAUUGCCAGAUUUGGGGUCUGUUCACAUCUGCAUUGCAAAUUUUAGAUUUGAUGUGUAGAAGAGCAUUGCAUGCAGUGAUGUUGUUCUGGUCAAAAUGACAACCCCAAUUGAUUUUUGGCUUCUUUGUCACAAUGGUAGUGUGAAUUGAAGACAACCUGUAACCAGAAAAGGCUUCAUUCAGAUGAGUGGACCUGUGUAAUGCACUACUGAAAAACCCAAAGUGCCAGGGUCCACCCAGAUAAUGCUUUAAGGCACAGACAAACAUUAGGGUUUCUUACUGGAAACCCAAACCAGGAAUUUACUGUGCAAGACUGCAUCAGGAACCCUAAAUGUGUGGCUGCACCUGUAGGAGCAGAGCUAUCCAAAUAGUUUUUAUAGUGAUCUGUUACGCAAAAAAAAAUUAAAAUAUUAAUACAUGGGGGCGGAGCCUAACCCCUGAGCAAGACGGAGGGCUGAGAGCUCUCUCCGCACAAACCCAUGCUUCAAGCUACUACAAGCCAGAGACAGCGUUGAAAAUUGUCAAAAUCGGGAGAGACAGACCUAGGGAGCCCCUGGGUACCCCAAAACAGAAAAAGAACCAGGCAGAAAUUAACAGAUUCUUGCAGAAAAAACUAGCCACAUCGCUUGCUCGCUCAGACAAGAUGGCGCAACAGGCAUAUGGGUGGGACUCUGAAGGAGAAGAGGAAUAAGAUGGGGAAUACGCCAUCUUUAAGCCCACUCUUGCUCAAGCCAUGGCCCCGCUGAUACAGAAGAUAAGAGAACUCAGGCAAGUCAUGCGGUCCCUGGGGCAUCGGGUAGAAAAGCUAAAGACUGAACAGGACCGAAUAGUGGCACACAGCCCUGUUUUGGUGCAAUCAUUAGAAGCCUAAAUCUCCUCACUAAACAUGGCCUACUUCAUGAUUGAAGAACAGGAGCAGGCGGAAAAAAGUCAGGAUGACAGGCUUAUCAGAAACAGUACUCCACGAGGAGCUGUUCACAGAUCAUCUGGGAGA